UCGCAAACGGAACGGAACAUUUUGAGGCGCAUCAAACAUAAUCAGAGUGUGUUCAGUGUUCAGUUUACCAGUGCCUGUCUGUGUCUUGUGUCAGUUGCAAUUAAUUGUGCCCCCAAGUCGUUGUUGUCGUGCCCCGCCCGUUGUGGAGAAUGUCGCUAAUACCAUUUAUACUUGAUUUGGCCGAGGAGCUGCACGAUAUUAGUUUUAAUCGCGGCGGCCUCGGCUUUGGUCUGGGCAUGGAAAUUGAAGAUUUGGGCUUCGGUAUGUAUCCGAUGGAGCAGCUGGCCGCCGCGACGGCUGCCACACAGCCACCACCACCGCCGCCGCCGCCGACCCAGGCCCAGCUACAGCAUUCGCCAUCGGCUGCUCAGCGUCGCGGCAACCGUCUCGCUCACUCGCACGGCCACUCGCAAUUGCAGUCGUCAUCGUCGUCAACCAAUUCCAGCACCACACACUCGGUGCUUUGGGUGCCCAUCAAGGGUCCGGGCGUGGGGCCACAGCCUGGACAGGUAGGGGUACAGGGACAGGGACAGCAGCAUCAGCGUCAUCAUCCCUAUGGUCGGGUGGCCGGCGCCAAGACCGUCUGCUGCAAUAAGUCGCUGCUGGAGCUGGAGAAAGAGAUGGGCGACAAGGUCAGCACUUCGAGUGGAACUGGCGCAGCUGGAACUGUCGCAGCUGGAGCUCUUGCAGCUGGAACUAGCGCAGCUGGAAAUGUCAGCAAAUCGGCAUCGGCCUAUUCGGUGGUCAAUCGCAACGGCUUCCAGGUGAGCAUGAACGUGAAGCAAUUCGCCCCCGACGAACUCACCGUGAAGACCAUCGACAAUUGCAUCGUCGUCGAGGGGCAGCACGACGAGAAGGAGGAUGGCCAUGGCGUCAUUUCGCGUCACUUCAUACGCAAAUAUAUGCUGCCGAAGGGUUUCGAGCCAGCCGACGUGCAUUCAACGCUCUCUUCGGAUGGUAUUCUUACUGUUAAGGCGCCCCCGCCGCCGCCCCCUGCCCCUAAGGCCAACGAGGAGCGACCCAUCGAACGCGUCGUCGACAUUCAGCAGCAGCAGCAACAGCAACAACAGCAGCAAUCAUCGACGUCGUCCAAGGAUGGAAAAAGUGCAGUCAACGAAGUUGAGCAGCAGCAGCAGCAGAAGCAAAACCCGAAAAUAGCUGCAGUCGUCGUCGCUGCGGCUGCCGAUGUCGUCGCUUCGAAAGCUGAGCCGAAGAGCGCCGAAGAGCGUAAUGGAAAUGAUGGCGGAGAGGCAACAGCAGAGGCCGAAGCCAGCGUUAGCGUCAGCGUCAGCGCAGCAGAGGAAACAACCAAUGCAAAAACAAAAGAGAAAGAGAAAGAAAAAGAGACUGAAACUAAAACUGAGCCCGUUGUGCAAGCUUCCAAGACAACUUCGACUUCCACCUCGACUUCGACUUCGACUUCGACUGCCACUUCCAAUGCCAAUUCAACUUCCAAUGGCAACAACAAUGGCGAGCCGACAAAGCCCAAGCCGGAAUUGAAGACCAAGUCAGUGGAAUGUGUGGAGAAUGCUGCGAGCGCCACUAGCGAUGACAAGGAGGAUUCCACCGAUGCCGCCGUCAGCAGCAGCGGCACUGCUUCAACCGAGACCGAUGAAAUGAAGCCCGAAGAUGCCAAUGGCAAUUCGUCCAAUUCCAACUCCAACUCCAAUUCAAGUUCCGAUUCAAAUUCGAAAGCGAAUUCGACUGAGGCAAAGUCGGAAAAGGAUGUGGGAGAAGAAGAAGACAUGCCAGCCGCAAAGAAAGCAAAAACAGAAAAUCAAGAGCCGCCAGUGGAACAAGAUAAGUUAACUGAGAAGACCACAAAGGGUGCGGAAGAGAUUGCCGCCACAGAUGCGGCCAUCUUGCUGGCCAAGAAACAGCAGCAGCAACAGCAACCGGCCAGCGAAAAUGGUGCAUCUGCCGGCGGCAAGGCUGAGGAGCCAGCUCUGGCAACUCUGGCCAAGUGAAUGAAAUACUUAAAAGAGAGACUGACUGAUAAAGUUGAUGCGCAAGCCACAAAAUUAAAACUAAAAACUAAAAAACAAACAAACAAAUAAGAAAAAGUAGAAAAUCCACUUGGAAUGCGUUUUAUUCUAUAAAUGUUUUUUGUGUUUAUCAAUAAUUCGCAAUAAAUACACACACAACAUACAAACAUAUGUAAUAGCAGCGAGAAGAGAAAAUAGAGGAGAAUUAGAGGCGAAGAGAGGCCAACUACGCUAUAAAAUUAUGAUUUCCUAAACACAAGUGUGAAACAAUUACGACUACAAGUAUUCAAGUAAACAUAAGCACAUUAUGUACUUAACAUUUAACAGUAAAUAAAGAUUCAAAAAGUG